CGACAACGACAGCUACUAUACGACGACGACGUCUGGUUUGAAAAAAUAUCUUAAGCAAGUUUAGUGAGUGUUUGGCCUUCGAGUGGGAAUGGUGUUAAACUUAUGUUUAAACAAAAAAUAAAUAAUAAGAAUGGCCUUAUUAUAAAACUAAAGUGCACCACUAUUAUAAAGUUGCCAUAAGUGAAAAUAAAAAUUUAAAAAAAAGAAAAUUUAAGCCAAAACAGUGACUAGUAUAGAUAAAGAAAAAGGCGGCACGAGGAAUCAAGGAAUACCUCAACGAACAUACACACAGAAAAAUAAAGGAUACAAAACUUCUUCUUUAUUUUUUUUUUUUACUCAUUUUUGUUUUGUUUGGAUUCAAAUACAAAACCAAUAAAAACAACAACAAAACAUAAAAUUUUUGGGAUUAAAGAUCCAGAUAGAAGGAAUUCUAUAUAACCCAUCAUUAACACAAACAAAAAAAAAAAAAAACAAGGGCAUUUAAUCGAAACACAAUCAUAGUGAGUCGAAAAAUACAACCAAAAUGGGGAGGUUAACGGCGGCCAGUAUAAUUUGGCUGUCCGCUUGUAUUACAUUAGUUAUAUCAGAGGAUUUAUUUUCAUGCCCAAAUGGUUGGGAACUUAGAGGACUGAAUUGUUAUAAAUAUUUCAACAUAAAACAUUCGUGGGAAAAAAGUGCGGAACUCUGCAGAAGGUACGGCGCUGACUUAGUAGCCAUCGAUAAUUAUGCGGAAAACAAUGAUACAAUUGCCAUUGCCAAAUUGGGUGAUCCAAAUCGCCGUGCUUCCGACAAGUACUGGCUGGGUUUGGCCUCACUCGAUGACCUGCGUACAAAUACCCUCGAAUCGGCUUCGGGUGCCUUAAUCUCUCAGUAUUCCGGCUUUUGGGCUUUAAAUCAACCCGAUCCAAUGUCUGGCGAGUGUGUCGCCGCCUCAUCACAAUCACGAAUGCAGUCAUGGGAAUUGGGAACAUGUGAAAGUCUACUGCCAUUUAUGUGUCGAGCUUCAGCUUGCCCCCAUGACUCGUUGCAUUGUUCGAAUGGUUUGUGUGUAAAUCAAGCUUUCAAAUGCGAUGGAAAUGAUGAUUGUGGUGAUGGUUCAGAUGAAUUAGAUUGUCCAGCAUUGUGUAAUUUCCAUAUGCAAUCUGGUGGUGAUGUCAUUGAAUCACCAAAUUAUCCACACAAAUAUGGAGCUUUGAGUAAAUGCAAAUGGACUUUGGAAGGUCCCCAGGGUAGCAAUAUCAUUUUACAAUUCCAAGACUUUGACACUGAAAAGACUUUCGAUACGGUUCAGAUUUUAGUUGGUGGCAGGACUGAGGAUAAAUCAGUUUCAUUGGCAACUUUGUCAGGCAAACAAGAUUUGACUAUGAAACCUUUGGUGACUGCAUCGAACUUUAUGAUCAUCAAGUUCACCACCGAUGGCAGUGUGGAACGUAAGGGUUUCCGUGCAACAUGGAAAACCGAGGCGAAAAAUUGUGGUGGAACUCUGCGCGCCACAGCUCAAGGACAAGUUCUCACAAGUCCUGGCUAUCCCAAACAGUAUCCCGGUGGCUUGGAGUGUUUGUACAUUAUCAAAGCUCAAGCUGGACGAAUUGUUUCGAUUGAAAUUCAAGACUUGGACAUUACUGCCGGCAGAGAUUACAUGUUGAUCAGAGAUGGGGAUAGCCCAAUGAGUCGACCGAUAGCUAGACUAUCAGGAAAUGCCAAGGAUAACGAAAAGGUUGUAAUCUCCACCGGUAACAAGGUCUAUUUGUACUUCAAAUCAAGCUUGGGAGAUUCCGGCAAGGGCUUCAGUCUAAGAUAUACCCAAGGUUGUAAGGCUACAAUCACAGCUCGUAAUGGAACUGUAACUUCACCAGCUUACGGUCUUGAAGAUUAUCCAACCAAUCAGGAAUGCUUCUUUGUCAUUAGAAACAGCUUGGGAUCUCCGUUAUCUUUGAAGUUUGAUAAGUUCAUGGUACACAAGAGUGACUUUGUUCAGGUUUACGAUGGAUCUUCAACUUCUGGUUUGAGGUUACAUGCUGGAAAUGGUUUCACUGGAACAGCAGCUCCCAAGUUGACUUUAACAGCUUCAUCUGGAGAAAUGUUAAUCAAGUUUACAUCGGAUGCUUUGCAUAACGCAGCAGGAUGGUCAGCAACAUUUUCAGCUGAUUGUCCAAAUCUUAAGCCCGGUAUUGGAGCAUUGGCUUCAAGUCGGGAUACAGCUUUUGGAACUGUGGUAACUUUCACUUGUCCAAUUGGACAGGAGUUUGCUACUGGCAAGAAUAAGAUCGUAACUGAGUGCAUGAAAGGUGGUAACUGGAGUGUGGAAUACAUCCCCAAAUGUCAAGAGGUCUAUUGCGGUCCAGUGCCCCAAAUCGAUAACGGAUUCUCCAUUGGUUCAUCCAACGUUACCUACCGUGGAGUUGCCAUGUACCAGUGUUAUGCUGGAUUCGCUUUCCCCUCGGGACAGCCUAUUGAGAAAAUCUCCUGCCUUCCCGAUGGACGCUGGGAGCGUAAGCCAACUUGCAUGGCUUCGCAAUGUGCCCCUCUGCCCGAAGUCGCUCACGCCAAUGUGACCCUUCUUAACGGAGGUGGUCGCAGUUACGGAACCAUAGUUCAAUUUGAAUGCGAUGCUGGUUAUGAGAGAACUGGCUACCCGGUUCUAAUUUGCAUGUCGAAUGGAACAUGGAGUGGAGAUGUACCAAAGUGUACCCGAAAACGCUGUCACAAGUUCCCAGAAAUCGAAAGUGGAUUUGUUGUUGACGCAGCACGUCCGUACUUCUUUGGCGAUGAAGCACGUGUUCAGUGCUUCAAGGGGUAUAAGCUUAUUGGACAGAAUAUUAUCCGAUGCAGUGCUGAUCAGGUGUUUGAAAAUGCGCCAUCUUGUGAGGAUAUCAACGAAUGUACAUCCACACAAUGCGAUCUCUCCACAACUGAGUGUAUGAAUACAAAUGGUUCGUUCCAUUGUCAGUGUCGUAAGGGUUUUGCCCCAACGACUGAAUGUCGUCCAGUUGGAGACUUGGGUCUGGCUAAUGGAGGAAUACCCGAUGAAAGUAUUAUGUCAUCGGAGAGUGAUGAAGGUUACACCAAGGGAAUGGUUCGUUUGAAUUCAGCUGGAUGGUGUGGAAGCUCUGUCGAACCUGGUGCAAAUUGGAUCAUGAUUGAUCUGAGGGCUCCAACUAUAUUGAGAGGUUUCAGAACCAUGUCGGUACAAAGAUUCGAUGGAAAUGUUGCAUUCACAUCAGCUGUACGACUUCAAUAUACCAACAAUUUAACUGAUACUUUUAAAGACUAUGCCAAUCCUGAUGGAACUGCUGUAGAGUUUAGAAUUUUGGAACCAACUUUAUCAAUUUUGAAUCUUCCCAUGCCAAUUGAAGCUCGUUAUAUUCGUUUUAAGAUUCAAGACUAUGUUGGGGCACCAUGUUUGAGAAUGGAAGCUAUGGGUUGUACUCGAUUGGAUUGUGUAGACAUUAAUGAGUGUACUAAAAAUAAUGGUGGUUGUGAUCAAAAAUGUAUCAACUCUCCCGGAUCAUUUGCCUGUUCGUGUAAUAAUGGUUUCCAACUCUACACUUCCAAUGGAACAGCUGGAUUCUUAAUUGAAAAGUCUGAAACUGGUAUUCGUGAUGGAGAUACUUAUCAAAAAGAUAAGACUUGCGUUCCCGUGAUGUGUCCACCUUUGCAGGCACCAGAAAAUGGAAAACUUCUCUCCGAUAAGAACGAACAUCAUUUUGGAGACAUUGUUAAUUUCCAAUGUGAAUUUGGUUAUAUUAUGUCUGGAAGUUCAUCGUUACUUUGUCUCUCUACUGGACAAUGGAAUUCAUCUGUACCGGAAUGUAAUUAUGCCAAAUGUGUGUCACUUCCUGAUGACAAAUUAGAGGGCCUUCAAGUUCUUCGACCAGAUCCAGAGAGUGUAUUGGUACCAUUUAGAGACAAUGUGACAGUUCAAUGCAACAGCCCCGGCAGACGUUUGAGAGGAAGUGCAACUUCAGGCUUUAGACAGUGUGUUUAUGAUCCCAAACCUGGUCUACCAGAUUAUUGGCUUUCAGGAACUUCACCAUCGUGUCCACGAGUCGAUUGUGGAAUGCCAAUGCCAACACCUGGCGCUGAAUAUGGUCAAUUCGUCGAUACCCGUUAUCAAAGUUCAUUCUUCUUCGGCUGUCAAAAUACCUUCAAACUUGCUGGACAAACUUCCAAACAUGACAAUGUUGUACGCUGUCAAGGCAAUGGCAUUUGGGACUUUGGAGACUUACGCUGCGAAGGACCAGUUUGUGAAGACCCUGGUCGACCAAGUGAUGGCUUACAAGUCGCCCGAAGCUAUGAACAAGGUUCUGAGGUAUUCUUCGGCUGUCAGAGACCUGGGUACAUUCUCAUUAAUCCUAGACCAAUUUCUUGUAUUCGUGAGCCUGAAUGUAAGGUUAUCAAACCUUUGGGUUUGACUUCGGGGAAAAUUCCCGACUCGGCAAUAAAUGCAACUUCUGAACGUCCAAACUAUGAAGCUAAGAACAUCCGUUUGAAUUCGGUAACUGGUUGGUGUGGUAAGCAAGAAGCCUUCACUUAUGUUAGUGUAGACUUGGGUGAUGUUUAUCGUGUAAAAGCUAUUCUUGUUAAGGGUGUUGUGACAAAUGAUAUUGUUGGAAGACCAACGGAAAUUCGUUUCUUCUAUAAACAAGCUGAGAAUGAAAACUACGUCGUGUAUUUCCCCAAUUUUAAUCUAACCAUGAGGGAUCCUGGAAACUUUGGAGAACUCGCCAUGAUUACUUUGCCAAAAUACGUUCAAGCUAGAUUUGUUAUUUUGGGUAUUGUUAGUUAUAUGGAAAAUGCUUGUUUGAAAUUCGAACUUAUGGGUUGCGAAGAACCUAAAAAGGAACCUCUGUUAGGUUAUGAUUAUGGUUAUAGCCCCUGUGUUGAUAAUGAACCACCAAUCUUCCAGAAUUGCCCACAACAGCCAAUUAUAGUGAGGAGAGAUGAAAAUGGAGGUGUUCUGCCUGUCAACUUUACCGAACCAACAGCUGUUGAUAACUCAGGUUCGAUAGCUCGUUUGGAAGUCAAGCCUCAGAAUUUCAAGACCCCAUCGCAUAUUUUCAAAGACACAGUUGUCAAAUACGUGGCAUUUGAUUACGAUGGAAAUGUAGCUAUUUGUGAGAUUAAUAUUACUGUUCCCGAUGUCACUCCACCGUUAUUGUCAUGUCCCCAGAGUUACGUUAUUGAGCUUGUGGAUAAACAGGAAAGUUACAAUGUCAACUUUAACGAUACAAGAAAACGCAUUAAGACCUCUGAUGAUUCAGGAGAAGUCACAUUAACUUUCACUCCCGAUAGAGCUACAAUUCCUAUUCGAGGUUUUGAAAAUGUCACCGUAGUAGCCUAUGACAAGUUCAACAACAAAGCUACCUGUCACUUCCAAGUCUCUGUCCAAGCUUCACCGUGUGUGGAUUGGGAGCUUCAGCCACCUGAAAAUGGUGCUAUAAACUGUCUGCCAGGCGAUAAAGGUGUCGAAUGUAUUGCCACGUGUAAACCAGGUUUCCGAUUCACCGACGGUGAUCCAUUAAAGACUUUCACUUGUGAGACCUCAAGGCUAUGGAAACCAACAUCAGUUGUUCCAGAUUGUGUUUCGGAAAAUACCGAACAAGCUGAUUAUCAAGUUACUGCUACUGUCACAUAUCGGGCUAAUGGAGCUGUAGCUCAAUCAUGUUUGGGACAAUAUCAAGACCUUUUGUCACAAUACUACGGUGGAUUGAAUAAUAUUUUAUCACAACGUUGUUCAGCUGUCAAUGUCAAUAUGAAUGUUUCAUUUAUUCGUUCAGUGCCAAGUCUGCUGGAAGAGAAUGUCGUGAAAAUGGACUUUAUUUUGUCAAUUCUUCCAGCCAUUCGUCAACCACAGCUUUAUGAUCUUUGUGGGUCUACACUGAAUCUUAUAUUCGAUCUGAGUGUCCCAUAUGCCAGUGCCGUUAUUGAAUCUCUCCUGAAUGUCUCCAAUAUUGGUAAUCAAUGUCCACCGUUGAGAGCUUUGAAGAGUACAAUUAGUCGAGGUUUCACUUGUAGUGUUGGGGAAGUUCUCAACAUGGAUACCAGUGAUGUGCCAAGGUGUUUGCAUUGUCCCGCUGGAACUUAUGUAGGUACAGGACAAAGUAUUUGCACCUAUUGCCCACGUGGAUACUAUCAAAACCGCGAGAGACAAGGAACAUGUAUGCGUUGUCCGGCAGGAACUUACACCAAAGAGGAAGGGUCUAAGUCACUUUCAGAUUGUAUUCCAGUUUGUGGUUAUGGAACGUAUUCACCAACUGGUUUGGUACCAUGUUUGGAAUGUCCAAGGAAUUCCUUUACCAUUGACCCACCAAAUGGAGGAUUUAAGGAUUGUCAAGCUUGUCCAACAGGAACUUUCACCUUCCAGCCAGCUGCAUCGAGAAAAGACUUCUGUCGAGCCAAAUGUGGACCUGGUUUCUAUUCAUCAACCGGUUUAGCACCAUGUUCUCCAUGUCCAAUGAAUUAUUAUCAAGGAAUUCCAGGAUCACAGACUUGCAAUGAAUGCCCCACUAACAUGCGAACAGAUGGUAUCAGUUCCAAGGGUCGUGAAGAGUGUAAGCCCGUUGUUUGUGGCGAGGGAGCUUGUCAACAUGGAGGACUCUGUGUCCCAAUGGGACAUGGUAUUCAAUGUUUCUGUCCAGCUGGUUUCUCAGGACGUCGCUGUGAAGUUGAUAUCGACGAGUGUGCCUCGCAGCCAUGUUACAAUGGAGGAACCUGUACUGAUUUACCACAAGGUUACCGGUGUGAAUGUCAACCAGGCUACUCUGGCAUCAACUGUCAGGAAGAAGUUAGCGAUUGUCGGAAUGAUACCUGCCCUGCGAGAGCAAUGUGUAAGAACGAACCUGGCUACAAAAACUACACCUGCCUCUGCCGAAGUGGUUACACUGGAGCAGAUUGUGACAUCACAAUCGAUCCCUGCACAGCCAAUGGAAAUCCAUGCAGCAAUGGUGCCAGCUGUCAAGCUCUCCAACAAGGUCGUUACAAAUGCGACUGUCUGCCAGGUUGGGAAGGUGUCCACUGCCAGAUCAAUAUCGAUGAUUGUGCUGAGAAUCCUUGUCUGUUGGGCGCCAAUUGUACCGACAUGGUCAAUGACUUUAGUUGUUCAUGUUCGCCAGGCUUUACUGGCAAGCGUUGUGAGGAAAAAAUAGACCUUUGCCUAUCGGAACCGUGUAAACAUGGAACUUGCGUUGAUAGACUCUUCGAUCAUGAGUGUGUUUGUCAUCCAGGAUGGACUGGGCCAGCUUGUGAAAUCAACAUUAAUGACUGCGAAGACAGUCCAUGUAAAAACGAUGGAACUUGUGUGGAUUUAGUCGAUGGAUAUACCUGCAGCUGUGAGCCAGGAUACACUGGAAAAGACUGUCAGCAUCCAAUCGAUGAUUGCGAAUCGAAUCCUUGUCAAAAUGGAGCAACUUGUAUGGAUCAGCUUGAUGGAUUUUUGUGCAAAUGCCGUCCUGGCUUUGUCGGACUCUCGUGUGAGGCUGAAAUCGAUGAGUGUCUAUCGGAUCCUUGUAAUGCAGUUGGUACCGAACGUUGCUUGGAUUUGGAUAAUAAGUUUGAAUGUGUUUGCCGUGAAGGAUUCACGGGAACUCUUUGCGAAACCGAUAUUGAUGAUUGUGAGACAAAUCCUUGUAUGAAUGGAGGAAAUUGUCGCGAUAGAAUUGGAGGAUUCGAUUGUAUCUGCUCGCAAGGUUGGACUGGAGUUCGUUGUGACUCACAGGUCACUACUUGCAAUGUGCAGAAACCUUGUCAGAAUGAUGCCAAAUGUAUCGAUCUUUUUGAAGAUUACUUCUGCUCGUGUCCAAGUGGAACUGAUGGCAAGAACUGCGAGACAGCACCUGAAAGGUGUAUUGGUAAUCCUUGCAUGCAUGGCGGUAAAUGCCAGGACUUUGGAUCAGGAUUGAAUUGCUCUUGUCCGGAAGAUUACUCUGGAAUUGGGUGUCAGUAUGAGUUCGAUGCUUGUGACGCACAUGUUUGCCAGAAUGGAGCUACCUGUGUUGAUCAUGGAACUGGUUACACUUGCAAGUGUCCUAAAGGUUAUAAGGGAAAGAAUUGUGAGGAGGAUAUUGUUGAUUGCAAGGAUAAUUCCUGUCCACCAGGAGCUUCGUGUAUUGAUUUGGUUAAUGGAUUCUAUUGUCAAUGUCCGUUCAAUAUGACUGGAGAUGAUUGUAGAAAGGUCAUUCAAGUGGAUUAUGAUUUAUACUUUAGCGAUGCAACACGAUCGACCGCUGCCCAAGUUGUGCCCUUCUACACGAGCGAAUCGCCAUCGCUCACAAUUGCAAUGUGGGUACAGUUCGCUCAAAAGGAUGAUUCUGGAAUAUUCUUUACCCUGUAUGGAGUUGAGUCUGCCCAUGUGGCAAAUAACAGACGUCUCUUGAUUCAAGCUCACUCGAGUGGAGUUCAAGUAUCACUCUUCCCAGACAUUCAAGAUGCCUUCCUUUCGUUCAGAGAGUACACGACUGUCAAUGAUGGUCAAUGGCAUCAUAUUGCCAUUCUCUGGGAUGGAACAACCGGACAGCUACAGCUCAUUACUGAAGGUUUGAUCGCUAGCAAGACUGAAUAUGCUGGUGGCCGAACAAUGCCGAAAUUCGCUUGGGCCGUUUUGGGACGUCCUCAGCCGGAUGAAGUGAACUCAGCUACAUACGCUGAAGCAGGUUUCCAAGGAAAGAUCACUAAAGCACAGAUUUGGGGACGAGCUCUUGAUGUUACAUCGGAAAUUCAAAAACAAGUUCGAGAUUGUCGUAGCGAACCGGUGCUCUAUGAGGGUUUGAUAUUGAAUUGGGCCGGAUAUGAAGUUGUGUCGGGAGGUGUUGAACGAUCAGUGCCAUCUGUGUGUGGACAAAGGAAAUGUGUUAAUGGAUAUACUGGUGCCAAUUGCCAGCAGUUGGAAGUUGACAAAGAACCACCACGUGUUGAACAUUGUCCUGGAGACUUGUGGGUCAUUGCUAAAAAUGGUUCGGCUGUUGUCACCUGGGAUGAACCACAUUUCAGUGAUAAUAUUGGAGUUGUUAAGAUCAUGGAACGCAAUGGUCAUCGUCCUGGAACAACUUUGUUAUGGGGAUCAUAUGAUAUCACUUAUGUGGCCUCGGAUGCAGCUGGUAAUAGUGCAUCGUGCAGCUUUAAGGUUUCGCUUUUAUCUGAAUUCUGCCCACCUUUGGCUGAUCCAGUUGGAGGUUCCCAAGUCUGCAAGGAUUGGGGUGCUGGUGGACAAUUUAAGGUCUGUGAAAUUGCUUGCCAUCCAGGUCUUCGAUUCUCCGAGCUGGUUCCAGAAUUCUAUACAUGCGGUGCUGAAGGUUUCUGGCGCCCAACGCGAGAACCUGCAAUGCCACUUAUUUACCCAUCAUGUUCUCCUGCUAAACCUGCACAACGAGUGUUCAGAAUUAAGAUGCUCUUCCCAUCGGAUGUUCUCUGUAACAAGGCCGGACAAGGAGUUCUUCGUCAGAAGGUUUCAAACUCUGUGAAUGCAUUGAAUCGUGACUGGAACUUCUGCUCCUACUCAGUUGAGGGAUCAAGGGAAUGUAAGGACCUCAAGAUCGAUGUCAAGUGUGAUCAUUAUCGUGGUGGACAAGGAAAUCGUGCCCGACGAGCUACUGACAACGAAGAAGGCAGCACUUAUCUUCUAGAUGCUUCAAUUCCAGUUGAAAAAGAUACAAACGACGAGGAAGAACUGCGAGGACGUCAAGGUAGACAACAAGCCGGUGAUACGUACACCUUGGAGAUUGCAUUCCCAGCAGUCAACGAUCCAGUGCUUCAUUCAUCGACCGGAGAACGUUCCGAUGUGAAAGCCUUACUACAGAAGCUUAUUCUAGAAGAUGAUCAAUUUGCCGUUCAUGACAUUCUGCCAAAUACUGUACCUGAUCCAGCUUCAUUGGAUCUUACCUCAGAGUAUGCCUGUCCUGUGGGACAAGUUGUAAUGGUUCCCGAUUGUGUACCCUGCGCUAUAGGUACAUUCUAUGACCAAUCGAACAAGACUUGUGUGGCUUGUGCUCGAGGAACUUAUCAAUCCGAGGCGGGACAACUUCAAUGCUCGAAAUGUCCCACAAUAGCCGGACGUCCAGGUGUAACAUCGGGACCUGGAGCUCGAUCGGCAGGAGAUUGUAAGGAACGUUGUCCAGCUGGUAAAUUCCUUGACUCUGAAACUGGACUCUGUCGGCCAUGUGGUCAUGGAUUCUAUCAACCGAAUGAAGGCUCAUUUGGAUGUGAACUUUGCGGAUUGGGACAAACAACCCGUUCGGGAGAGGCCACAUCACGAAAGGAGUGCCGUGAUGAAUGCAGUUCCGGUCAACAGCUUGGAAUUGAUGGUCAAUGUGAACAAUGUCCAAGGGGAACAUAUCGCUUGCAAGGUGUUCAACCAUCUUGUCAAUCUUGUCCACUGGGCCGAACUACUCCUAAGGUUGGAUCAUCAUCUGUGGAAGAAUGUACAAUCCCAGUUUGUGCUCCAGGAACCUAUCUUAACGGCACAAUGAAUAUGUGCGUCGAAUGCAGCAAGAGUUUCUACCAACCUGAAUCCCAACAAACCUCAUGCAUCCAAUGUCCACCAAAUCACAGUACGACUAAAACCGGAGCAACUAGCAAAUCCGAAUGCACCAAUCCCUGCGAACAUAUUGCCGUGGGCAAACCUCAUUGCGAUCCGAAUGCCUAUUGCCUAUUGGUACCCGAAAAUUUCGACUUCAAAUGCGAAUGCAAACCUGGAUUUAACGGCACCGGUAUGGAAUGUACCGAUGUUUGUGAGAAUUACUGUGAGAACUCUGGCACAUGUGUCAAAGAUUUAAAGGGCACCCCAUCAUGCCGUUGUGUGGGCUCAUUUACUGGCCCGCAUUGCGCUGAACGUUCAGAGUUCGCUUAUAUCGCUGGCGGUAUUGCUGGCGCUGUCAUCUUUAUCAUUGUGAUAGUCCUGCUCAUAUGGAUGAUCUGUGUGCGAUCGACUAAGAGACGGGAUCCAAAGAAAAUGCUUACACCUGCUAUUGAUCAGACGGGAUCACAGGUGAAUUUCUAUUAUGGUGCCCAUACCCCGUAUGCUGAGUCAAUAGCGCCAUCGCAUCAUAGUACGUAUGCGCAUUAUUAUGAUGAUGAGGAGGAUGGCUGGGAAAUGCCAAAUUUCUAUAAUGAAACAUACAUGAAGGAUGGUCUUCAUGGAGGUAAAAUGAGUACAUUGGCGAGGUCAAAUGCUUCGCUUUAUGGAACUAAAGAAGACUUAUACGAUCGACUGAAACGGCACGCUUACACGGGAAAGAAGGAGAAGAGUGACAGUGAUAGCGAAGUCCAAUAAAAAAUACAAAAAAAAAAAAUUGUAAACAUUUAACACACAUAUUUCAUGGUCAUACAUAAAUAAAAAAAAAAAUUAUCAAAUUAAAAAAAAAAUACGAAACUAGAAAGAAACACAUAACACAAACAAGUCAAACGAGCUAAAUACGACGAAUGGUUGAAUAUACAUACAAAAAAUAUCUUUCCAAAUGUCUGGUCAUAAGUUAAACAAAAAAAUUAAAUAAAUUAAAAAUUAAAAAAAAAAUCGAAAAUGAAAUCACUGCCUUUUAGUAAGAAAAAAAAAUUAAAAAUUAUAUAAAAAAAAAAUACUCAAUUACAUGUAAUUUAUUGAUUUAAUUAUCACCAAAGUUUUGUUGCUUCUUCCUUAUUCAUUAAACUAAAUUUAAUAAAAAAAAAAAAAAUACCCUCUGAACUCCCCUUCCCAUAUUAAACAAACCUUAAAA